AUGGCCAACGAGAUCAAUAUUGUGCCGCGCCAGCCAGACACCGGUCAGGCUAGGCCCAACGACCCGUUCAGCAAACAGUUUGCCCAGAAACUGGAAAACAAAGACAAUGAACUCGACCUCCGCGAUGAUAUCGUUAUCGAGAACAACAAAUUCGCCUUUACGCCGACACAGCUCCACCAACUCAUCACCGCGAGGAACCUGUCAGCGCUUCGUCGGUUUGGCGGUCUUCCUGGUCUUGCAGCGGGACUGCGAACAGAUCUAACCGCUGGUCUGAGUGUCGACGAACGAAGCCUCGAUGGGACGAUCUCUUUCGAAGAGGCAGUGACUGCCGGAAAGGCCCACCGUUCUGCCGAGAUCACGCCUCUUCCCCCCUCCUUACCACACGAACAUGGCUUCAAGCUUGACUUGGACCUCGGACAACACGAAAAAGAGGAUUUCGCCGACAGAAGGCGCAUAUAUGGCGAAAACAGACUACCAAAGCGGAAACAAAAGUCGUUCAUGAGGCUGGCAUGGAUCGCCUUUAACGAUAAGCUCAUGUUCCUCCUUACUAUCUCUGCUACGAUUUCGUUAGCGCUCGGAAUUUACGAAACGAUAGACGCAUCGGACGAUGAACCGAAUAUCCAAUGGGUUGAUGGUGUGACCGUGGUUGUCGCCAUCUUGGUCAUCGUCUUCGCAAGUGCUGCCACGGAUUGGCAAAAGAACGCCAGGUUCGCAAAGCUCAUCGAAAGAAAGGAACAACGCGACGUCAAGGUGAUUCGUUCGGGAAAGACGCAGAAUAUCUCAGUAUACGACGUACAGGUGGGGGACAUCAUGCAUAUCGAGACUGGUGAUGUUGUCGCCGUAGAUGGAGUCCUGGUACAGGGGUCGGGUAUCCAAGUGGACGAGUCUUCCCUCUCUGGCGAGUCUGAACUUGUGCACAAGAGUGUACCUAGCAACAGUGAUAUGAACAACCAGAAGGUUCAUAGGUCUUCGGCGACUGAUCCUUUCAUCCUCAGCGGUACCACGGUUUCCGGUGGCGUCGGCGCUUACCUGGUGACUUCCGUGGGGAGCAACUCGACCUAUGGCAGGACUUUGAUGUCGUUGAGAGAGGACGUUGAGGAAACGCCGCUCCAGCAGAAGCUGGGGAAGCUUGCGAAGCAGCUCAUCACUUUCGGUGCCAUUGCCGGUGUUAUAUUCUUCCUCAUCCUUUUCAUCCGUUUCCUGGCGGGGUUACGAACUAUGCAAGGGACACCGUCUGAGAAAGCCGAGACCUUCUUCAAGCUCCUCAUUCUCGCUGUUACUGUCGUCGUAAUCACAGUGCCGGAAGGUCUAGCUCUCGCUGUUACGCUUGCGCUCGCCUUUGCUACGACUAGGAUGUUGAAGGACAAAAACCUUGUCCGGUUGAUUCGUUCCUGUGAAAUUAUGGGCAAUGCCACGUGUAUUUGUUCUGACAAGACGGGAACUCUGACACAGAAUAACAUGACGGUCGUCAACGGAAGAAUCGGUCUGUCUGAGAGAUUUGGCGACGCACCAAAGAAUACAGCGGUAACUGAUGACAUUAAGAAAGAGCCGCACAUUGACGAUAUUGCAAGCCAGGAUACCACGAGAGUGCUCUUGGACUCAUUGAGUAGCGAUUUGAGGGAGUUGAUGAAGAACAGUAUCGCACUGAACUCAACCUCUUUCGAAAGCGACAACCCAAAAGAGCCUGGCUUCGUGGGAACUAGCACCGAGACGGCAUUGCUCAGGUUUGGGCGCGAGUUUCUCUCCAUGGGCCCACUGAGCGAAGAGAGAGCAAAUAACGAAAUCGCCGAUAUGUUCCCUUUCGAUGCAUCUCGCAAAUGGAUGGCCGUGAUGUCCAAGCUGCCCAAUGGCAACUUUCGGCUCUUGGUCAAGGGCGCCGCCGAGGUUGUCUUUGAACAAUGUACCAACAUCCUCGACGAACCAAAAAGAGGACUUUCGGUCCAAGUUGCGACAGACACAAUGCAAGACGACCUGCGAUCGACAAUUCGAGAAUAUGCCAAGCAGAUGCUUCGACCCAUUGCCAUAGCUUAUAAGGAUGUCAGUUCCACCCAGGCUUUCGAGAGUCUGGAUGACCCGGACUCAAUCAAGUUCGAGAAACACUUCAGCGACAUGACAUUCAUCGGCGUCUUUGGUAUUCGCGACCCUCUUAGACCCGAAGUCCUCGAUUCCGUGCGCCAAUGUCAAGAGGCUGGCGUCUUCGUGCGGAUGGUCACCGGCGACAACUUCCUUACUGCGAAGGCCAUCGCGUCCGAGUGCGGCAUCUACAGCCCUGGAGGACUGGCAAUGGAUGGGCCUACUUUCCGGAAACUUACACCUGCGCAGCUGGAUUUAGUUAUCCCUCGGCUUCAGUUGUUGGCGAGAUCUAGUCCGGAAGAUAAGCUGCUGCUUGUCUCUCAUCUUAAGGGAAUGGGAGAGACUGUUGCCGUCACUGGGGAUGGCACCAACGACGCUUUGGCCCUCAAAGCUGCAGACGUCGGUUUCGCUAUGGGCAUUCAGGGCACAGAAGUUGCUAAAGAGGCUGCCUCUAUCAUCUUGCUUGACGACAACUUCGCUUCGAUCGUAAAAGCUCUCGUAUGGGGUCGAACGGUCAAUACCGCCGUGAAGAAGUUUCUUCAGUUUCAAUUCACCAUCAACAUCACGGCUGGUACUUUGACAGUCGUAUCGGAAUUGGCGGGCGAUUCAAUCUUCACCGUCGUACAGCUUCUCUGGAUCAACCUCAUUAUGGACAUUUUCGCCUCGCUUGGGCUGGCAACAGAUUACCCGUCGCCAGACUUCCUGAAAAGAAGACCCGAACCACGAAGCGCCCCUAUCGUCAACAUCACGAUGUGGAAGAUGAUCCUUGGGCAAGCAAUCUACCAACUAGCGGUGAUGUUCACCCUGCAUUAUGCGGGGGAUGGCUUGUUCAAACCCGUUACAAAAGCAGAUCGCGAGGCACUACAGACAAUGGUCUUCAAUAUAUACGUCUGGAUGCAAUUCUUCAAUCAGCACAAUUGCCGUCGUGUAGACAACAGACUCAAUAUCUGGUACCAGGGCGUUCUGCGCAACCCAUGGUUCCUCGGCGUGCAAUGCAUGACUGUUGCCGGGCAGAUGGUUAUCAUCUGGAAAGGUGGCCAAGCGUUUGAUACCCGGCCUCUCAGUGGGCAGCAAUGGGGAUGGUCGAUGCUCUUCGGCGUAUUGGUGAUACCCCUUGGCGCUGUAAUACGACAAGUCCCAGACGCUUAUGUUUACGCCUUCUUUCAAGCUGUUAAGAAAGCUUUUUUUACUUCCCUGCGUGGAAUUUCUAAGCCCUUCCCGUCAAAAUGGCGGAAGAAAGCCGAGGAGGAAGUUGAUGACAUGGGUGCUGCCGAGAGCUGGGUCCUACAAACGGGCGCAGCGCUUUUGAGGCCAAUGAACUAUGAAUGGGGCACCUCAACGCCGCCGCCUGGCUCAAAACUCGCUGGUCGGGUUUCAAGUAUCCCGGCAGCGCAGAGAGAGGCGUUGAUCCGCGCUGCAAAGACUGGCACUGGAGACAACGAGAUUGACGUGCCUGCGAUGAUCGAGGUUGCGCGGUAUGCCAAGGUGGAGUUGUCAUACGGAAUCGAGGUUCAUCCUGAGACCUCGAAGGAGGAUCCGAUUUUGCUUACUUCGAUCGGUGUCGAUGGGAAGAAGUGCCCGCCGAGCCAGGACCCGGAGAUCUUGCGUUAUUUGCAUCGGCCGUCAUAG